GCAACAGACUUGUGUUAGAUGAAACAAUUGAAGUAGGGGAGUCACUGGGUCGUCGUGGAGAGGGAAAAAAUUUGUCCUACGUCCCGCGACUCUGGCAUCACUAGGGCCAGGGCCUGAGUUUAUCACGAGCUACGAACGGCUGAAAAUCGAAAAGAAAAAAAAUGGAUAUGCGAAGCCUCGAAGGUAAAUGGGCGAAAUUACUGUGUUCAGUGGAACAGCAACCGCAGUUGCUGCGGCAAGCGCAGCAUGAGUUGCAACAACAACCGCAGCAUGAGCUGCAGUGGCAAGCGAAGCAGGAGUUGCAACAACAACCGCAGCAAUCGCAGCAUCAGCUGCAGCGGCAAGCGCAGCAGGAGCUGGAACAGCAACUGCAGCAGGAGUUGCAACAGCAAUCGCAACAGCAGCAGUCGCAACCGCAACAGCUGCAGUUGCAGCUAAAGAUGCAGCAGCUACGGAUGCAGAUAAACAUGCUGCGACAGCCAAAACCGUACCCGCGACAUGCUCGGUAUACCCCGCAGCCGCAGCCGCAGUUAUACCAGCAACAAGCUGAAGAUACCGCAUCCAGGUCCAUGCAGCAGCGGCAGCUGCGGCGAUGCAGGAGAGAGCUGAAACGGCUGCAGCGGGAGGGAAUGCCGCGUGGAGGCAAAAGCUACCGCACUGGCGGCCCGUGAACCAAUAUUGCGGCGUUUGCCAUAAGCCCGUCCCCGGUUGCAGGCGG